UGCAGAUGCAGAUGGAGGAGAUGCUGAUGGAGGAACAUGCCGUGGAGCAGGAGAAAGCUCUCAGCUCCCAUCCCCCGGAGGACACUGCCUUUCACCAGCGUGUACAUCGGAGGCUUCUCAAAGCUGAGCUGCCCGAAUACAUCCUGGACCUUGGCUAUGUUGUUCCUGGUGACAUCCACACACACAUGGUGAAGAUCACCAACACUGGGCACUUCCCUGCAUCUUUCCGUGUCGAUGGAUAUGUCCUGUAUAACACAGGCUUCAGCGUGUGCCUGGAGCGUGUGAAGCGCCUGCCCUCCUGUGAGAGCAAGACAUUUGAAGUGUGCUUCGACCCACAAAGUGCCAACGUGCCCCUGGAGGAGGCCCCACAUUCCAGGUCCGCCUCCGUGCCAUGGUGGCUGAGCCAGUCCCUCUGCGUGUCCAGGGACAGGCUGGAGUUCUCCGCUGUCCAGUGUGGGCAGUGCCAGGAAGAAACCAUCCAGCUCCACAACACAUUCCAGGUCCCCUGUAAAUGGUCCAUCAGCAUGACUGAUCCUGUUGCAGGAGGUGAAAACCUCUGA